GGGAGGAAGAUCGUUCUUCGCAUCCAGACUCGCGAUGGCCUGUCCGGAAGGGUCGGGCCCUGCCGCCUGCAGUCCCAAGGAUGCGGACAGACCCUACCGGGCAGAUUCGUUGACACGUCUCCCUCGAAGCCUGGCCCCGCGUCUCCAAGCCUGGUGAUCCGGCGCUCGCACGUGCCCGCCCCAGGGCUGGGUGUUUUGAUCUUUGGGCCCCCAGGGCUAAACCGUGAGCUUGCUCUUAGUCUCUGUGCCCUGGAAGGGGAAUGGCUUUGGGCCAUUAUUGGCCUUAACCGGUGAUGGCUGUCCCUGGCUAUCCCAGCCGCCUUGCCAAACACCCUCAGAGUGACCUUGGGCAGGUCGUCUCACCUCUCUGAGCCUCGGUUUCCCUAUUGGCACAAUGCUGCUGACAAUGACUGCUUUGAAAGGACUGAAGCUACAAGAUGGCUACCCAGGACCCUGGGGGCAUUAGCCCCCUCCAACAAAUGGUGGCCUCAGGCGCAGGAGCUGUGGUCACCUCCAUCUUCAUGACACCCCUGGAUGUGGUGAAGGUCCGCUUGCAGUCUCAGCGCCCCUCUGUGGCCAGCGAGCUGAUGCCUCCCUCCAGACUCUGGAGCCUCUCCUAUGCCAAAUUGCCUUCCUCUCUUCCAUCCACAGGGAAGUGCCUCCUGUACUGCAAUGGUGUCCUGGAGCCCCUGUACCUGUGCCCAAAUGGUGCCCGCUGUGCCACCUGGGUUCAGGACCCUACGCGCUUCACUGGCACCAUGGAUGCCUUUGUGAAGAUUGUGAGGCACGAGGGCACCAGGACCCUGUGGAGCGGCCUCCCAGCCACCCUGGUGAUGACUGUGCCAGCUACUGCCGUCUACUUCACCGCCUACGACCAACUCAAGGCUUUCCUGUGUGGCCGAAACCUGACCUCUGACCUCUACGCACCCAUGGUGGCUGGAGCGCUGGCCCGCCUGGGCACCGUGACUGUGAUCAGCCCCUUGGAGCUCGUACGGACAAAGCUGCAGGCUCAGCACGUGUCCUACCGCGAGUUGGGCACCCGGGUGCGGGCAGCCGUGGCCCAGGGCGGCUGGCGUUCACUGUGGCUGGGCUGGGGCCCCACAGCUCUUCGGGAUGUGCCCUUCUCAGCCCUGUAUUGGUUCAACUAUGAGCUGGUGAAGGGCUGGUUGAAUGGGCUCAGGCCAAAGGAUCAGACAUCUGUGGGCGUCAGCUUUGUGGCUGGAGGCAUCUCAGGGACGGUGGCUGCUGUCCUGACACUCCCCUUCGACGUGGUGAAGACUCAACGCCAGGUCGCGCUGGGAGCCGUGGAGGCUGUGAGAGUGAGACCCCCACGCGCUGACUCCACCUGGCUGCUGCUGCGGAGGAUCCGGGCUGAGUCGGGCACCAGGGGACUCUUUGCAGGCUUUCUCCCGAGAAUCAUCAAGGCCGCCCCCUCCUGCGCCAUCAUGAUCAGCGCUUAUGAGUUUGGCAAAAGCUUCUUCCAGAGGCUCAACGGGGAACGGCCUCGGGGCCACUGAGAGGGCGAGGAGAAGACCCUGCGCGGUGUCGUGUCCUCCACGGAUGGGGAGAGGGCAGGAGGAGACCGAGCCAAGUGCCUUUUCCUCAGCACUGGGAAGGGGUUUGCCCCCUUCCCUCCACUAGGAGUCUAGGGGUGCUGCCCCCCCGGGUGCCCAGGCCUCCUCCAACAGCUUUCUUCCUGCCGCCUCCCUUUCCUGAGGAUGGCACUGUCCCACCCCCAGGUUCAAGACCAAAUGUGCUUAGCUCCCUGCCCUCCCCGCUCCCCUGUGUUUCCCUGUGUGUUUGCUGUAGCUGAGCCUGUGCCCAGGAGCCAAGAACCUCUGGACCUGGCUUAGUGUCCCCCAUUCAUUCCUGCUGUCUAAAGAUGGUGCACCUCUG